GAGAGAUGAUGAGGUUCAGAGAGGAACAGGGAGUUGCCCGCAGCCUCACAGUACGUCUUCAGCCUGACCCCUCAGUCCUGUCUCCCAUCCAUUCCCACCAUGGCCUCCUGGACGCAGCUGAUGCUGCUGCUUUGGAAGAAUUUCCUGUACCGCAGGAGGCAGCCGUUGCAGCUCUUGGUGGAGCUGUUGUGGCCACGCCAUUCCCACCCCCAACUUGGGCAGCAUGAAUGCCAUUUCCCCAACAAGCCGCUGCCGUCAGCGGGUACCGUCCCUGGACUCUAGGGCCUCAUCUGCAACAUGAGCAACACCUGUUUCCCACGGCCCAUGCCCACCGAGGAUCCUGGCGUCCUCAGCACCUAGGACUCCCUCGUCUCCCGGCUCCUGGCAGAUGCCCACACUGUCCUGGGGGGCCCCAGGGCCCACAGGAUGCUGGCUAGCCUGAGGCAGCUGAUGCCUACGCUGAGGGCUGCACGUGGAGCAGGUGAGAAGGCAGGGCCAAUGGAGGGACCGUUCCUGGCCACUGAGCUGCUGGGGACACUGAUGCAAGGGGAAUCCCUGGCGUUUGUGCUGGGCCAGGCCCAGGAUUCCUUAGACAGCCUUGUGGAAGCAGCAGAAGACCUGGCGCAGGAGCUCCUGGCGCCGCCUGGCCUGGUGGAGCUGUGGGCACUGCUGUGGAGACCCCAAGGGCCAGGUGGCCCCCUGGAGGCGGUGGCAGAAGCCCUGUGCAGUGCCGGGGGCCCAGCAAGCCGGUACGAGGCCAGUGACCUGAAGGAGCUGGUGUGGCAGGCGGCACGGGCCCUGCCACACCACAGCCUGAGCUCCACCCGCACUGAGCUGGUGGGGGCCCUGGAGGCCCACCCCCUGUCCCACCGGCUCUGGAGGCGCCUGAAGCCGCUGGUCCUGGGGAAAGUAGUGUUCAGCUCACGGCCCAGGUGACGGUGGGAAGGGUCCCACGUGAACCGAACCUUCCAGGGGCUGGCGCUGUUGAAGGGCAUCCAGGAGGUGUGGGAGCUGCUGGGCGCCCCGCUCUUGAACUUCGCGAACGACAGCGCCGGCGUCGCACGGCUGCAGAGGCUCCUGCAGGUCACAGGAAGAAGGCAGCCAGGAGCUGGAGGCCAGGACCGGGGGGAGGCUCUUCGUGCCUUUCUGAACCCCCGAAGUGGUGGCUGCAGCUGGCAUGAGGCCCAUGCUGAUAUGGGACACCUGGUGGGCACACUGGGCCGUGAUGGAGGUGAGGGGCCGCCCACCUGGGGAAAUCUCUCUGAGGGGAGGGGCAGCCCUGCUGUGGGACUCCUAGGAGGAAACGCGGCUCCACCCUCAGGUCCAGAGGAGGACCCUGGGACCUCGGACCCACGCCCAAGCCCCUCCCAGUGCGUGACUCUGGACGAGCUGGAGGCUGCCCUGGUGGAGCGGGCCCUGGAGCUGCUCUCCGAGCCCGAGGACUUCCCGGACUCUUCGCAGUCCCCAGGCCCUGGCCAUGUGCGCAUCAAGAUCCGCAUGGACAUCGAUGACGUCACAAGAGCCAAUAAGAUCAGGGACAGAUUUUGGGACCCCGGUGCGGCUGCUGACGCGCUGGUGUGGGGCGUCUUCGUGUACCUGCAGGACCUGCUGGAGCGUGCAGCCCUGCGCGUGCUCACUGGAGCCGCGCCCCGCGCCGGCCUCUACCUGCAGCAGAUGCCCUACACGUGCUACGUGGACAACGCGUUCCUGCGCGUGCUGAGCCGGUCACUGCCGCUCUUCCUGAUGCUGGCCUGGAUCUACUCGGUGGCGCUGACCGUGAAGGCUGUGGUGCGUGAGAAGGAGACGAGGCUGUGCUGCACGAUGCGCGCCAUGGGGCUCAGUGGCGCCGUGCUUUGGCUGGGCUGGUUCCUCAGCUGUCUCGGGCCCUUCCUUCUCAGCACCGCGUUGCUCGUGCUGGUGCUCAAGCUCGGGGACAUCCUCCCCUACAGCCACGCGGUGGUGCCCUUCCCGUUCUUGGCGGCUUUCAAGGUGGCCACGGUGGUCCAGAGCUUCAUUCUGAGCGCCUGCUUCUCCCGAGCCAACCUGGCAGCCGCCUGCGGGGGCCUCGCCUACUUCGUGCUCUAUCUGCCCUACGUGCUGUGCGUGGCCUGGCGGGACCAACUGCCCGUGGGCGGCCGUGUGGCCGCGAGCUUUCUGUUGCCCGUGGCCUUCGGCUUCGGUUGCGAGAGCCUGGCACUGCUGGAGGAGCAGGGCGAGGGCACGCAGUGGCACAACGUGGGCACUGGGCCUACAGCCGAUGUCUUCAGCCUGGCCCAGGUCUCGGGUCUUCUGCUGGACGCUGCGCUCUACGGCCUCGCCACUUGGUACCUGGAGGCUGUGUGCCCAGGCGAGUACGGGAUCCCCGAACCGUGGAACGUUCCCUUUCGGAGGAGCUACUGGUUUGGGCCUCAGACCUCCAAGUGCCCAGCCCCCUGCCCCACAGGACCCCAAGGGUGAGGCCCGACAGACCCCCCAAUGCUGGUGGAAGAGGCGCCCCCUGGCCUGAUUCCAGGAGUCUCCAUACGGAGCCUGGAAAAGCGCUUUCCUGGUAACCCACAGCCAGCCCUGCACGGGCUCAGCCUGGACUUCUACCAGGGCCUCAUCACCGCCUUCCUGGGCCACAAUGGGGCUGGCAAGGCGACCACUCUGUCCAUCCUAACCGGCCUCUUCCCACCCACUGCUGGCUCCACCUGUGUCCUAGGCCACGAUGUCCGAUCCAACAUGGCAGCCAUCCGGCCCCACCUGGGAGUCUGCCCACAGUACAGUGUGCUGUUUGACAUGCUGACCGUGGAUGAGCACGUCUGGUUCUAUGGGCGGUUAAAGGGUCUGAGUGCAGCUACCGUGGGCCCCGAGCAGGACCGUCUGAUGCAGGAUGUGGGACUGGUCCCCAAGCGGCAUGCACAGACUCGCCGCCUCUCUGGGGAGGAGCCUUUGGGUGGAAUUCAGUGGAAGCUUUCAGUGGCCAUUGCCUUUGUGGGUGGCUCCCAAGUUGUUAUCUUGGAUGAGCCCACAGCUGGUGUGGACCCUGCUUCCCGUCGAGGCAUUCGGGAGCUGCUGCUCAAAUACCAUGAUGAUCGCACAUUGAUCCUCUCCACCCACCACCUGGAUGAGGCAGAGCUGUUGGGAGACCGUGUGGCAGUGGUGGCGGGCGGCCGCUUGUGCUGCUGUGGCUCCCCGCUCUUCCUGUGGUGUCAUUUGGUUUCCAGAUACUACCUAACACUGGUGAAGGGUCCCCCAGCCCUGGCCACCAGCAAAAUGGGUGACACUGACUUGAAGGACAACAUGGAUCUUGGGCAGGAAAGGGAGCCAGGCAGCCAGGCCAGCACUGCCGGUGAGGGCCGGGGUGGGAGAGCCAGACUGCUUGCCCUGGUGCAGAGCCACGUGCCCGGGGCACGGCUGGUCAAAGAGCUGCCACACGAGCUGGUGCUGGCGCUGCCCUACCAGGGCGCCCCGGACAGCAGCUUUGCUGAGCUCUUCUGCGAGCUGGACCAGCGGUAGGGGAAGCUGGGACUGGCCGGCUUCGGGAUCUCCGACACCAGCCUGGAGGAGAUCUUCCUGAAGGUGGUGGAGGACUGUGCUGUGGACACAGGCCCAGGGGAUGGUAGGCCCAGGCAGCACCCAUGCUCAGGCAUUGCUCAUCUGGACGCGACUGCAAGGCUGCAGAUUCUGCUAGAGGAAUCAGCCCUGGAGAAUGGGGGGCUGGCGGGAUCUGCCCCCGAGACACAGGCCUUGCAGAGCUCUGGGCCAGACGCCGCAGGCUGUGUACAUGGCUGGGUGCUGGCCCACCAGCAGCUCCGGGCCUUGCUUCUCAAGCGCUUCCUGCUUGCCUGCUGCAGCCGCUGUGGCCUGUUCGCACAGAUUGUGCUGCCUGCCCUCUUCGUGGGCUUGGCACUGGUGUUCAGCCUCAUCAUGCCUCCUUUCGGAUACUACCCAGCUCUGCAGCUCAGUCCCAGCAUGUAUGGCUCCCAAGUGUCCUUCUUCAGCGAGGAUGCCCCAGGGGACCCUGAAUGUGCCCGCCUGCUCGAGGUGCUGCUGGAAGAGGCCGGAUUGGAGGAGGCUUACCUGAAAAAUAACUCCAACAGGGCACCUGAGUGCACACAGCCUGCCGUCUGCCAGUUCUCGGUGCCCGAGGUUCCUGCAGAUGUGGCUAAGGUCCUGGCCAGCAACUGGACUCCGGAGUCUCCGUCCCCUGCCUGCCAGUGCAGCCAGCCUGGUGCCCACCGCCUGCUGCCCAACUGCCCUGCUGUGGCCGGCUGCCCCCCGCCUCCCCAGGCACCGACCAGCUCGGGCCAGGACCUAACAGGCCGGAAACUGUCUGACUUCCUGGUCAAGACCUACCCACGCCUGGUGCGCCAAGGCCUGAAGACCAAGAAGUGGGUGAACGAGGUCAGGUAUGGGGGCUUCUCCCUGGGGGGCCGAGACCCGGGCCUGCCCUCGGGGCUUGAGGUGGGCCGCUCUGUGGAGGAGCUGCGGGCACUGCUGAACCCCCAACUGGGAGGGGCCCUCGACCACAUCCUGAACAACCUCACAGCAUGGGCUCUUGGUCUGGACAUUCAGGAUGGCUUCAAGAUCUGGUUCAACAACAAGGGCUGGCAUGCCGUGGUGGCCUUUGUCAACCGAGCCAACAAAGCUCUCCUACUUGCCCGCCUGCCGCUAAGCCCCGCCCACCGUGCCCACAGCAUCACCACGCUCAAUCACCCCCUGAACCUCACCAAGGAGCAGCUGUCUGAGGCCACGCUAAUGGCCUCCUCAGUGGACGUGCUUGUCUCCCUCUGUGUGGUCUUCGCCAUGUCCUUUGUCCCGGCCAGCUUCACCCUUGAACUUUCUCUGGGACAUGGUGCGGGGACCGCCUGGAGGGGUGGGGGCCCCGCCACCACUUGCCACUGUCCCUUCUGGCCCUUUCUGGGCAGGGACUUGUCUAGGAUGUGUAACUACUUGGUGCCAGUGUCCAUCGUGGUGCUCAUCUUUCUGGCCUUCCAGCAGAGGGCGUACGUGGCCUCUGCCAACCUGCCUGCCCUCCUGUUGUUGCUACUACUGUAUGACUGGUCCAUCACACCGCUCACGUACCCACCCUCCUCCUUCUUCUCCAUGCCCAGCAUGGCCUACAUGGUGCUCACCUGCAUCAACCUCUUUAUCGGCAUCAACGGCAGCAUGGCCACCUUUGUGCUCGAGCUCUUCUCUGAUCAGUAGAAGUUACAGGAGGUGAGCUGGAUCCUGAAGUGGGUCUUCCUUAUCUUUCCUCACUUCUGCCUGGGCUGGGCGCUCAUUGACAUGGUGAGGAACCAGGCCAUGGCUGACGCUUUUGAGCGCUUGGGAGAUGGGCAGUUCCAGUCACCCCUGCGCUGGGAGGUUGUCAGCAAGAACCUUUUGGCCAUGUUGAUACAGGGGCCCAUCUUCCUCCUCUUUACACUCCUGCUGCAGCACCACAACUGCCUCCUGCCACAACCCAAGCUGAGGCUGCUGCCUGCCCUGGGAGAGGAGGAUGAGGAUGUGGCCCGUGAGCGGGGGCGGGUGGUACAAGGAGCCACCGAGAGGGACGUGUUGGUGCUGAGGGGCCUGACCAAGGUGUGCCCUGGGCAGAGGACACUGGCUGUCGACCUCCUGUGUCUUGGGAUCUCCCCUGGUGAGGAUACGUACUGCGAGCCAGGAUUGAUUAAACACAUGCUGUGUGCCAACCAGAAUUCCUGCUGUGUGACAGCUGUAUGCCUACCCACACACCCCAGUAUCUGCCCCAGGGGUCCCUUUGUCCACAGCCCCCCACGCCUCUGUGAGUACCGUCUCUGGGUGUACCCACAGUGUUUUGGGCUGCUGGGCGUGAACGGAGCGGGGAAAACGUCCACGUUCCACAUGGUGACUGGGGACACGGUGCCCAGCGGGGGCGAGGUGGUGCUGGCAGGCCACAGCGUGGCUCGGGAACCGGCCGUAGCUCACUGCCGCAUGGGCUACUGCCCUCAGUUGGAUGCCAUCUUCGAGCUGCUGACCGGCCGCGAGCACCUGGAGCUGUUUGCACGCCUGCGCGGUGUCGAGGCCCAGGUUGCCCAGACAGCAAGCUCGGGCCUGGGGCGCCUGGGGCGCCUGGGCCUCCCUCAAUGUGCGGACAGCCCCGUGGGCACCUACAGCCGGGGCAACAAGCGGAAACUGGCGACAGCCGUGGCUCUGGUGGGGGAUCCAGCUGUGGUCUCUCUGGUAUGUGAGGGGGAGGGCAGGGGGCCCACCACUGGCACGGACCCUGGUGCACGGCGUUUUCUCUCGAACAGCCUUCUGGCCGUGGUCAGGCCUGGCCAGAGCUCACGGCUCCGGGCUCCCACAGCAUGGGGGAGAGAGGCGCUCUGCACGCACCUGGCCAUCAUGGUGAACGGGCGGUUCCGCUGCCUGGUCAGCACGCAGCACCUCCAGGGCCGGUUCAGGGCUGGCCACACGCUGACCCUGCGGGUGUCCGAGUCUCAGUCCGAGUCGGUGGCAGCCUUCGUGGCAGCCACGUUCCCGGGGGCCGAGCUACGGGAGGUGCACGGUGGCCGCCUGCGCUUCCAGCUGCCUCCGGGAGCGCGCUGCGCCUUGGUGCACCUCUUUGGAGAGCUGGCGGCACGUGGCGCAGAGCACGGUGUGGAGGACUUCUCUGUGAGCCAGACCACGCUGGAGGAGGUAUUCCUGUAACUCUCCAAGGAUCAGGGGAAGGAGGAGGACGAGAAGGACGCAGAAGUGGGGGCGGACCCUGUGCCAGGCCCACAGAACCCCAGACUCAUCACCCAGUUCCUCGAGGACCACAGCAUGGCCGGGACAGUGCUCUGAGCCUCCCUCUCCUCCGUGGAGCUGGUGGGGGGCCCUGGGAGUGACCAAGGC